AUGCAUUAAUCCAACACAAGGAGCAAUAUAUAUUAAAUAUGGAGUCAUCAUACAAAAAGGUAGCAAUAGUGAGUGUGGUGAUGCUGGUGAUUCUUGGGGUGGCCGAGGCCCAGACGGUAUGCAACAUGACGGUGGCGGGGCUGAUGGCGUGCAAGCCGUCGGCCACGGCGCCGCAUCCACCGCCGCCGUCAGCAGCGUGCUGCUCUGCGCUGUCGGGUGCCGACAUGAAGUGCCUAUGCUCCUACAAGAACUCCAAGGUGCUGCCCUCCCUCGGCAUCGACCCCGGCCUCGCCAUGCAGCUCCCUCAAAAAUGCCAAAUCCCUCAUCCACCAAAAUGCUAGAACUUAAAAAAAAAACAGAGAGAGAGAGAGAGACAAAAAAAUUUAUUAUGUGUGUUUUUUUGAAUUAUGAAUGUAGACCAUGUGUGUGUUUGAUGUAACGUGAAUUUGAUUAUCAGUUGGUAACUUGGUAAUGGUAUGAAUAAUUUGUUGUGA